UUAAACCAUGGUUGAGGUUAAGGUUGUAAAGCAUUGCCAUGUUUGUCCUCCACCAGGUUCUGUUCCAACCACACAUGUCCCACUGAGUUUCUUGGACAUGUUUUGGAUUACAUGCCCUCCUGCAAGACGCUUCUUCUUCUACAACUUCCCUCACUCGACGCAACAUUUCAUGGACAACAUUUUCCCUACCCUCCAACAAUCCCUUUCCCUAACCCUCCAACACUUUUUUCCUCUAGCAGGAAACCUCAUCCUCCCUCCACAACCCCAUCAAAAACCCUACAUUCUUUACACGUCGAAGGACCGUGACUGCGACGGUCAGCCGCAGUUAACCGUCACAGUCGUAGAAUCAUGUGAUCAGUUUGAAUGCGACUAUUUCGACAUUCUCGUCGCAGAUUACCCUAGAACUCGAGAUGCCAAAGAGUUUUAUCCCUUAGUUCCAGAUUUGCCCAAGUCAUGUGCGUUACCAGACGGAUCACGUGUGUCCCCUCUUCUAGCAAUCCAAAUCACCCUUUUCCCUAACCGAGGUCUUUGUAUAUGUGUCGUGUUUCAUCACGGGGUUGCCGAUGGGAUGGCCGCUCAUCACUUCAUCAAGUCAUGGGCUGCCGCCUCAGCCAUGGCCUCAGCCUCGACCUCGGCCUCGUCUCUGCCCUACCACGACCGGACAGCAGUCAAACACCCAAAUGGGUUAAACAUAGAUUACGACAUCUCUUGGGGAGGUUUGUUUCCUGUGAUGGAUAGGCCCAUAAAACAUCUUGCCCCUUUAAACACAACAAGAGCAACAUUUGUACUAACCAAAACCCAAAUCCGAAAAUUGAAAUCUUUGGUCUCAUCAUCUUUAAGAGUUUCUAGGUUUAUAGUGACAUGCUCUCUCAUUUGGAGGUGUAUGAUAAAAUCAUCAAUUACAACCGAAGAAAACCAUGAUGAUGCUGAAAUUUACUACCUUCUAUUUGUAGGGGAUUGUAGGCAUCGCCUCAAAGAGCCAUUACCACCAACAUAUUUUGGGAAUUGUCUUGACAUUUGUAUUGUUGAGUUGAAAAAGAAAGAGCUUUUGAAAGAUGAUAACAUGGAUGGAGUGGUGGAAGCCAUUGGAAACAAAGUGAAGGAGUUGGAGAAAGAGCCAUUGAAAAUGGUGGAGAAAUGGUUUUCAGAAUGGAGAAGGUGUGAUGAAACAAAGAGGCUUAUAACUGUUGCUGGCUCCCCAAAGUUGAGGGUUUAUGAUACAAAUUUUGGAUGGGGGAGGCCAUGCAAGAGUGAAAUUCUUCAUGUUGAUAAUUCCAAGGCAAUUUCAUUGCAAGAAUCAAGAGAUGAAGAAGGUGGGAUUGAGAUUAGUUUGGGACUUACUAAGCCUCGUAUGGAUCGUUUUAUCUCCAUUUGGGAAAAUAGUUUGAAGCACUUUUGUACUUGAAUAAUUUCCUUUUUUUUCUUUUAAAAAGUUGUUUAGAAGCUUAUUGAUGUCAAGAGAAUAUAGAAGGAACGAAAA